AUGGAAGGUCCUAAAAUCUUUACUAUCAACGUAAUUGGAAGCACAGAUUUGGACCUAGAGCGUCCAAUGGUUAGUAUUGGAUGCCGAGUAUCAAUUGUUGAUAUUAUGACAGGUCAAUUAAUUCGAAAAACAUCAGAUUCUGGACAAGCUGGAGAAAAAUCUUCAAGAGCAGUUGUAUCAGCAUACGAAUCAACAGAUUAUAUCGCUCCAAUGACAACAAAACCAGUUCCUAUUAUUGAUAUUGCUCAAUUAGCUCCUUUUUGGGAUGAAUCUUUCAGAUAUAACGAACUUGUGGACAGUUUAAUUACAGAACAUGUUGUGAUCUUCUUUGAAAUCCUUGGUUUUGAUUUACAGCCACAUAUGGAUCAUUUUACUCCGUUAUGUUGGGCUUUCUUAAGACCUCGUGCAGCAGAUGGUAAACCAAACGUAGAUUUUAUGUGCAGGUUACAAUUACAUAGUUAUCCUAAAGACUUUAACCCUCAAAUCAUUGGUGCCAAUGUUCCAGUAUCACAAUUACUUGCAGGAAGGAACAAAAUACCAGGAUACCUAACAAUAGAAAUCAAAUACAAUGAACCAGAAGAUCAAUACGAUGUUACAGGACGUCCAAAGCAUUUCUUCCAUCGUGAAGUUGGUAAUGAAGAUAUUAACAAGCUUAUUCAACGUGAUACUACAACAACAGAAGGUGAGACUGCAGGUACAGAAGAAUCCAAACGCAAGUUUGUCAAGAAAAUCAGACCUACAAACAGAAAUUGCACGAUUCCUCGUGCACUUGCUGGCCUUGUUCCUAUCGGAGAACAUGGUGCUCAUGCUCUCACGUUCAAUCGCAAUGGAGAUCUCCUUGCUGCUGCUGUUCAGAUCGGAAGUGCUUACUCAAUUCAGUUAUUCUCAGUUUACGAUUUCACAAAACCACCAAUUACAAUCAAGAAUGCUCACCUAGGACUUAUUUACGAAUUACAAUUCGAUACUUCAGAUACUCAUUUAUUAUCUGCUUCAGCAGAUGGAUCUGUUAAAGUUUGGUAUGGAUCUGGAUCAACAUUUACUCUAAAAUACACUUUACAACAUACAGAAUACGUUUAUACCGCUAAAUUCUAUCCAGAUGAGCCAAGAUGUAUCGCAACAGGCUGCCACGAUGGCAAAGUCAGAAUCUGGGAUGCACCAAAGAAGAAUGUUGUAGCUAUUUUAGAAGGAAACAAAGGAACAGUUAACUCAAUUACAUUUUCUCCAGAUGGAAAGACGCUUUACUCUGGUGACUCAUCAGGCCAGAUAUGCGUCUUUAAUACAGAUAUAAGAGGCGGAUCCAGACACGAUAUCGUCAGAAAGCUGAUCGCUAAAGAUGAAGAAAUCAAAGAUGUUCCGAUUACUCAUCUUUCAAUGGAAUUAUCGCCCUAUUCAUUGCUUGUUCAUACAAGGGAUAACGUCAUUAGAAUCUUUGAAACAAAAGUUAUGGUUCCUUCGCAAAGAUACACAGGAACAAUUUGUACAAAGUUUAAUAUUCCUUCCGUUUUCUCUCCUGAUUGUCAAUUCGUACUCGCGGGUUCUGAAGAUGGAACUGCAAAGGUAUGGGCAGCAAGAAAGGCAGAUAUUAUCGAAACUCCUGAAUGGAACUUCAAAUUUGAUUAUCCUGUUACUGCUGUUGCAUGGAAUCCUGUCGAAAAUAUGGUGGCAUUUUCAAGCUUCGGUCCAAAGCAGCCAAUCAUUAUUUUCAAGGAUCCGACACCUCUUCCUGAACAAGGUGAAGAUGAUGAUUUAGAUCAGUUCUAA